AUGCGUCGUGAUGGUGUUGCCGCCGCCCGCCGGCGUCGAUCCGUGCAACAACCCUUCCCUUCGCCUAAACUGCGCCGCCCGGUCGAUCUGCUGCCCCAACCAUUCUUCCCCCAGACUCUGAUGCUGUCCGACAUGAACCCUGCCACCGGCAAGAUGCCCGGCUGGCCCGCGCUAUCGUACCCGACGCCGGUCGCGCCGGCCGAGAAGAAGGCUGACACGGGAUCGCUUUGGGGCGCGGUCCUUGACGAUCAGGAUAACCCCCGUACGGAAAACAUUGCCAAGAUCGCCCAAGCUUAG